AUGUCGGCAUUUCCUCAAUUUUUCGAUGCUAGAGAAAAGUUUGGCUAUAAAUGUCCUGGCAUACAACAAAUUUACAAUCAAGGACAAUGUAAAGCAGGAUGGGCAGUAACAAUUGCAUCAGUUAUAAGUGAUCAAAUAUGCAUCAAUUCUAAUGGUAGAACACUAAAAAUGUUAUCUGCACAACAGCUCUUGAGUUGUUGUAAAGAAUGUUGCGGAUGCAAUGGUGGUAUAAUAAUGAAAGCAUGGGAAUGGGUUUUAAAAAAUGGUUUAGUGACUGGUAGCAUAUAUGGAGAUAAAAAGAGUUGUUUUCCAUACAAAAUGCCCCCUGCUCGACCUAGUAAAUAUGGAUCUUCAGGACAUGGUGGAGAAUGGGCGACUGUUAAUUCGGCUCUACCAGAAUGUCCUGGCACGUGUAUGGAUGGUUCUCAACGAUCAAGCAAUUUUAGUAAUACAUCUUAUAUCAUUAACUUCGAAAAAUGUCGUGUUGUUCGUAACUACGAAUUAUGGCCUAGAAAAGACCAAUUCGGUAUUAUGGAAGCUUUAAUGACUCACGGCCCACUUCAAGUGUCAAUGCAUCUUUACGAAGAUUUCAGAUACUAUACAAAUGGCAUUUAUGUUCACAAGACAGGAGUAUUUGAAGGUGAUCAUGCUGCUAAACUUAUUGGUUGGGGAACAUGGAAGAGUAAAGACUAUUGGUUACUGAUGAACUCUUUUGGUAAUACUUCAUGGGGAAUGAAGGGCACUUUUUGGAUCCCAAGAGACGGUACAGACAAUGUAGAAUUUGGAUACGCUAUUAUAGGGCCAAUAUUCACUAGCAUAGCUUCAUGUACCCAUAUUACAGUUAUACAACUCGAAAAAGAUGUAGAGGAAGACCAAAGAAGAGAUGGAUGGAUGUUAUUGAAUGCGAUAUAA